AUAGAGGGGGAGGGAGCAUGGGCAGCAGAUGAGAGGUCGCUCCCGGAUCGUCGGCACCUGCUCCUCAUGUAGCGCGUACUGGCUGGCUGCUUCAGCACCACUGCUGAUCCUAGUGAUACCAGGAGAGCAUCGCCCGAUCCCCUCUCAACGAUCUCUGAGCCCCUGCAAAUCCAUUCGGGAUGGAUGGGAAGCCGGCUGCGGGGUCCCCGCUACUGUGCACGACCCUGCUGGCAUGUCUGCUGCUCCUAACAGGUCUCAAUGUUAAAGCGGAAUCAACCACAGCGAGCUCACAACAAACUCAGGAGACCUCUUUAGCACCUACACAUGUGCCAACAGACGUCAGUGGAAGUACAGAGAAUACAGUCACUGUGACUACAGUAACAACAAGUGUUAAGAUAGAAAAGCCGACAACCAAUACUAGCAUAUCAACAGAUGACACCAAUAGUGUGAAUACUAUCAGCGUGGGGUCUGACUCAACUCAAACAACGGUAGCCACAUCGAAUAAUGUUUGGACAUCAUCUAAUCCAAGUACAGAAAUACUAGAUGGUAAACCUUCCACUCCACUAGAAUCCACCACAGAGAGAACUUCUGAAACCUCCCCCCCAAAUUCAAACAAGCAUACAAGUGGGCCAACAGAAUCCAGCACAGAGACAGUAACCUCUGAAACCUCCACCCCAAAUUCAAACAAGCAUACAAGUGGGCCAACAGAAUCCAGCACAGAGACAGUAACUUCUGAAACCUCCACCCCAAAUUUAUCUAAGCAUACAAGUGGGCCAGAAAAAUCCAGCACAGAGACAUUCACUCAUUCCAGUCAGACAGGAACAGGAAGUACGGAUCAAUCAGGAAUUACAGAAUCUACAGGUAGUACUACUUCUAAGGAAGUAACUCCAGAAACUCCAAAGUUUGCUUCACCACAAACUGAGCCAAAUAAUGACAAAACUCAGACCACAUCCACAACUGAUAGAACACCGGAACACAAUGUUGAGCUUUCAAGGGCACUAAGUCCAGGAAGUGUUGCUGCUAUUACUGUCGUAGUAAUUCUCCUUGUCCUGUUAAUAUUUGGUGGAGCAGCAUUCUGGAAGAUUAGGCACUCGUCAUAUGGAAGACUACUAGAAGACCAAGAUUAUGGGUCGCUAGGAAACUACAACAAUCCUCUGUAUGAUGACUCAUGAGGGAAUUAUUCCAAGCUCAAGAAGAACAAACCGAUUCUCUGGUCUUAUUGUUGUGCAGGGUCAGAGCACAAAAUACACGUUACCUUUAAAUCCUCAGGCCUGCUGAAAUGACCUAUCACAUGUUAUAUAUCUGCUAUGUCAUGGACAAACUCAUGAACUAAAAACCAAAGUCAAAUUUGUGUACUAUUUUGUGUAAUCAGUCAUCACCUAGCUCUGUCUCCUGGAUUAUAUAAAUCACAUAGAUUAUGAUUCCACGUAUUGUUUCAUAACCCAAUAAUGAAUAGCCUUAUUUAAGAAAUGAAUAAAUAUAUAUUUUUAAUGAAAGAGCAGUUUUGCACACGUGAGAUGAUCCUGGCAUGUAAUGAAUUUGUAUUGGAGUAAUGACAUUUUUUAGCACUUUGUAAGAAACUCAAAGAAACACGUCAUGUCACCCUUGGGGUACGUCUGUUAUAUAAACUGUAAUUAAGGGUAAUACAGAUCAGUUUGUAUUCAUGACUUAUUGUGUAGAAAGUUUGCUGACAGUAAAUUUUCAAGCAUCACGGCACAUUACAAUGAGUGAUCGAGAUACGCCAGGGUAUAAUGUACAGAUAUUGCACUAGGUAGGGCAGUUUGGGUCAAUGGUGUCUUGCCUGACCACUCCACUACUGUACGUAUUUCAUUUAUUUAUCAGAGUUUCUUUCAUUCCCAUGAUACAAGCUUAAUCUUCAGGGCUGUGGGGUUGGUCAGUUUUGGGUGGAGUUGGCAGAAAUGUACCGGCUUCAUAAUAAAAACAUGACAUCAAGAACCUGAUGUUACCAUCAUUGUACAAUAGUUACUACUAAUUAUUCUAAAAUAACCAUUUAUACAGCAGUUGGAGACAGAGCCAGUGUGUAGAAAAAUGAGUUGGAGUCUUGACUCCACAGCCUUGCUAAUCUUCCUUGCCCAGAACAAGGUGUAGGAAGUUGCAACACAAACAGAUGUAGUCAUAAUUGCUAUUUGGUAUUAGACACCCCGAUUGCACAGACGAUUGCCAGGAGGGAAGCGUUCCCUCCCCGCAAUCGCCUCCUCGCUUGCUGAGGAGACCUCUGCUAUAAGAUGCAGCAAUCUCUUCAGCAACAUGAGGAGGAGCGAUCACUAUACCAUUGUACGUACCCAUGCUCUACAGUGGUUUGUGCAAUCGGCGGUUCUAUCGGUAAGUUCUAUCAUUUAUCUUCUACGUUUAUUUGACACACUGAAAUCUAAUUCUCCCAUGGUAACUUCAUACACAGUAUGAUUAGUAUUAUAGACCUUCAGGUUACCUAGCAAACUACCAAACCAUGACUUCCUGUCUGGGUGACUACCCUCUGCAUGGACGUAGCCUCAGCCAGAUCUCUCUGCCAUAUAUUGUCUUCUCAUUCUACACGGGUUAACUUUAUAUGCAUUCUACUACUAUUCAUAGGGCCCCAUAACAAAAUAAGUGAAGUGUAAGAAAAUUAAAAGAGCAGCAUAAGUAACAAAAAUUUAAGAUAUGUAUAAUCGCACCAUGUAUUAGAUAAACCAUAUUAUAGCCAGAAGCCACCAAAUUGUUAUUCUCCACAAAAAGGUACAAUGUUCUUGCACCUGAUUGGGACCCCUCAACCUCUGGGCCCCACUGCAAGUGCUAUGGCUAUAGUUGUGUCCCUGCUUUACAGAUAGACAUAUUUUAACCAACAAUGAUAUAGGCUUUAAAGGGGGUAUUGUAGGAUUUUUGUAUUGAUGACCUAUCCUCAGGAUAGGCCAUCAAACUGGCAGGUAUCUGACACUCUGAUUAGCUCCGGCACUCGUACUACCCAGCUCCGUCCAUUGUGUAGCUGGCUCUCAUUAAAGUGAAUGGAAGCAGCACUACAGUUACCAGCUCCAUGCAUCGCACAAUGGACAGAGCUGUGUAUUUCCGGGACUAGAGAUGAUCUGAAAAGCUGUACAUUGUCAGACCCCUGCCGUUCAGACAUUGAUGGCCUAUCAUGAGGAUUAGGCAAGGGCUACACGGUGACACCUGCCGCGGCCAGGAUCGCUGAGAAGCGGUGAUCACAUAGAAAUGAAUGGGAUCGUCGCGCCAGUCGCAAGAAAUUCAACACGGCUGGAUACUGGAAUACCCCUUAAGGGUCCAUUCACACGUCAGAAAAAUGGAUCCGCAUCCGUUUCUCAAUUUUGCGGAAUUGGUGAGGACCCAUUAAUUUUCAUUUUGCCCGCAAAAAAAUAGAACAUGUCCUAUUCUUGUCCGCAGACACAUACAAGAAAAGGCAUUUCUAUCAUAGUGCCGGCAAAAUGCGGAACGCACAUGGCCGGUGUCUGUGUUUUACAGAUCGCAAAACAGUUGUGCACGUGUGAAUGGACCCUUAAGGAAAGUGUGCAGCAGGAAAUGGUUGCACUAAAUAUUUCUACCACUAGGUUAUCUUUAAAGCAUGGCUUCUUGUAAACUUGUAUUCUACAGUAAGUAAUUUUACCCUUUUUCUCAUUUAGUGGACCAUAUCAGUCAUUUCAAGAAAACACUUGGUACCGGUUUUACAUUAAAUCACUUGAUGUACUUUUACUAAACACUGGAAGUAUAGUAUGACAAAGUAUUAUACGCUGUGCCUAUAUUCAGAAUGUGAACGGAUCUCAGGGCUCUACAGCUGGAAGCAGUGAAACAGUUGUUAGAAAUACAGACCCUGUGGUGGUUGCUUAAAGGGGUUAUCUGGCUAUCCUGCGAAAUAAAAUAAAAAAUAUAUAAAAAAAUUA